AUGGACACACCACAUGCAGAGCAUUGUGCACAUCUUCUCAGGCAGCUGGAGAAGAUGAGAGCUGCUGAGGAGCUCACUGAUGUAGUUCUGGUUGCUGCUGGGAUUCCCUUUUCUUGCCACAAGGUGGUCCUGUCGGCGUUCAGCCCUUAUUUCCAGGCCAUGUUUACAUGUGGUCUGAAAGAAACAAGGGGAGGUGAGAUACCCCUGAGGGACACAUCUGCUCACACCCUGGAGCUUCUCCUUGGUUACAUGUACCGUGCCGAACUUCCCCUGUCCGAUGACAACAUCCAGGCAGUGUCUGCUGCCGCCUUCCUGCUCCAUAUAGAUGGCGCCUUUAGGUUGUGUCAAAACCACAUGGAGGCCAGUAUGGAUGCUUCCAACUGUGUUGGUCUGUAUCACUGGGCCAGAGACCUGGGGGCCACCAGUUUGGCUGACUGUGCUUUUCAAUACCUCUGCCAACACUUUACACAAGUUUGUGAGGAGGAAGAAGUCCUGGAGUUGGAUGCUGAAAGACUUGCAGAUCUACUGGCUUCAGAUGACCUCAACAUUUCGCAGGAGGAGAUGGUGCUGGAACUGGUGUUGCGUUGGGUUGAGAUGCGGCGAGGGGACUCGCAGAGUGAAGCUCAGGCCGUGGAGUUACUCAAGCGUGUCCGGCUGGAGCUCGUGGACCCUGGGGUUCUACGGAGAGCCAGGAGAAGAAACCCGGUUUUGCUGGGGGACUUGGAGGGCUUUAUAAUGAUUGAUGCUGCCCUUCAGACUUCAAGUCUCUGUGAGGGUUCAGCUCCACCUCGACCAGCUCUUCGUUAUGGGAUGGAGACCUCCGACCUCUUGCUCUGCCUGGGAGGGGUGAACAAGGAGGGAGUGCCUGCACGACGUGGUGGCCUUGCUGAUCUUAGCUUUUGCUUUGCCCCCAAUGGCAGAAGGACUUACUACAUCCCCUCUCCUCUAAAAGGCAGUGGUGGCUUUGGUGAAAUUACAGCGGGGGCUGUGACACAUGACAACAACAUAAUCGUUGCAGUGGAGGCAGAGGAUCAACACAGGGUGAAGAGAGUGGAUAUAUUCAGGUAUGAUCCUGCAGAAGAGUCCUGCUGGGUGGAGCUUUGCUCAGCAGCACACAGAGAUAUGUAUGCUUUAGGGAUGCUGGGCAGCGCCCUCUACAUGAUCGGUGGCCAGAUGAAAGUGCACCAUCAUUAUGUCAUCACAGACAGUGUGAUGAGGUGGUCACUGAAGAGAGGAGGCAGUUGGCUUUCUUUCAGCUCAAUGCCUCUUCCUUUAGCCUGCCACAGCACUGUUAGCCUAAACAAGCAUCUCUACGUGCUGGGAGGAUGGACACCACAGAACCUACCAGAUGAAGAUCCCGACAAGCUGAGUAACCGAGUGUUUCAGUUCGAUCCUGGUAAGGACAGAUGGACAGAGUGUGCCAGGAUGAAGUACUCGAGGUAUCGCUGUGGCACCGGUGUUCUCAAUGGAGAAAUCUACAUUUUAGGUGGUAUUGGGUGUGAUGGAGAAGAUCAUGGACAAUCACGUCGAUCUCUGAGCUCUGUAGAGAUCUAUAGCCCAGAAACAGACACCUGGAGGCCAGGACCGACUCUGCCCACAUCGCUGCUCUCCCUCCGAAACAACACGUCCAAUGUAGGAGUAGUUGAGGGCAAACUGUACCUCUGUGGAUACUACAAGGGUGCUAGUCGCCAUGAGAUCAUCACCAAGGAGAUUUUGGAACUGGACCCUGCAGAGAACGUGUGGGCAGUGGUAGAAAGACGUGCAGCGAUGCACGACAGCUACGAUGUCUGCCUGGUGGCUAACCUCAAUCCUCGUGACCUCCUCACUUCAUAACUCCUCCCUUUAUGGCUAGGAGCAACAACACUGAUGGAGGUUCAGGGAAGUGAACCUCCAACCGGUUGCUUCCUGGGAAUCACAAACUGAUGGUGUGAUCUCUGAAAGAUACAACUCCGGGCUUGUUCAUGACAAAACAAAUUGAGGUUGCGCAUUUCUAUGCAUUCAACAAUCAAAGUCUUAAAAGGAGUCUUUAGGGAAUAACUGGAUGGUUACACUACAAAAAAUGGUAACCUAAACUCAUCUAACCUGGCAAAAUAAUGUGCCAAGAGAAGAAGUCAAAUGUUCAUGUUCUAUUGGCUGAAUAUUUUGCUUAUUUUAAGUAGUAUAUCUCAGAUUUCAGUAUACUGUACAUAU